CAACAAAAGUUCAGCGUGAGGGUUCGCACUGGGGAGUGGAGGAGUCUGUGUUCCACAUCUGUAGCGUGUAAACACCUUGAUUGAACCUAAAAUGAGGACGUCGUGGACACUGUUCUUUGCGCUCCUGUUUCUGUUGUGGAGCCUGUGGAACUAUUUGACACCGCUGCGGGAGAUAUCGGUGAUCAUUGGAUCCGUGUGGGUUGCACUGUGGGUCUCCUACAAACUGUCCGGUCUCGUCUCGACUGCUUUUGUGAGCGAGGUGUGCGGAGAGGGCAAGGCUGUGCUCAUUACCGGCUGCGACACAGGUUUUGGCCACAGGCUUGCGAAGCGACUAUCCCGUAAAGGUUUCAUGGUGUUCGCCGGCUGCCUGAGCUCGAAAAGUGACGGAGCGGCGGAACUUAAGCUCCUCCCCAACAUAAACGUCUUGCAGCUCGACGUCACAGAUCAAAAGCAAAUCGACGACGCCCUGGACGCUGUGAAGGAACAGCUGGACAUCAGAGGUACACCAACGUAA